AGCGGGAGUCAUUUUAUGACUCUAGGGGACCUGGUUGCGACAACUCUCCACAACACCUAGAGAAGAGACGAUCCUGCACUCGAUACCCCCUUCAAAACUAGCAACAAUUGGUGGGUGGCCCACAGUCAACCGCAAAUAUGCCUACCAUUAGCGUCGACAAGGCUGAGCUCUACAAAGCUCUGGGGCAAGAGUAUUUCCCCCUCCCCCAAGCGCUACCCCGCCAAAACAAUGUACUGACAUAUACUCGAGAUAUACCACCGACGAGUUUGAGACGCUAUGCUUCGAGUUCGGAAUCGAAUUGGACGAGGAUACUUCGAAUAGCGAACGCCCAAUCGUCAAUGGCAAGCAAGAAGCCCCGCAACUCAAAAUUGAGAUCCCCGCCAACAGAUAUGAUAUGCUUUGCUUCGAGGGAAUAGCUUUGAUGCUGAACAUUUUCCGAGAGAAGACCCCUAUGCCAAAUUACCGACUGGUCACACCCAAGAGCGGAGAGCUAGAGAUUAUUACCGUGCAUCCCGAUACGCUGAAGGUCCGCCCAUAUGUGUCUGGGUCCAUUUUGCGCAAUGUCAAGUUCACGCAAGAGAGCUAUGAUUCCUUCAUCUCUUUACAAGACAAACUCCACCAGAAUUUGGCAAGAAAUCGAACACUGGUGGCUAUCGGGACCCAUGAUUUGGACACAAUUAAAGGACCGUUCACAUACGAGGCAUUACCUCCCAAGGACAUUGUCUUCACCCCUCUCAAUCAGAAAAAAGAAAUGAAUGGCGAGGAAAUGAUGGCGCACUACGAGAAUGACAAGCACUUGGCCAAGUUCUUACACAUCAUUCGCGACAAGCCAGUAUAUCCAGUGAUCUACGAUUCCCAGCGGAUAGUUUGCUCGAUGCCUCCAAUCAUCAACGGCGAUCACUCCAAAAUCUCCCUGAAUACCACUAAUGUUUUCAUUGAAAUGACUGGAACGGAUCGAACCAAGUUGGAGAUCGUUAACAACAUUAUUGUUGCCAUGUUCUCUCAAUACUGUGCCGAGCCCUUCACCAUCGAACCGGUAAAGAUCAUUUCAGAACACAAUGGCGAGACCAGGCAAACACCAGAUAUCAGUCCAAGAGUAGCCCAAGCAGAGGUCGAUUACGUCAACAACUGUUGUGGACUUUCGGAAACACCUGAAAGAAUCUGCGAACUUUUAAAAAAGAUGUGUCUCACUGCUACCCCCUCUUCUUCCUCGAAAAACAUCCUUGAUGUUUCCAUACCCCCAUCUCGCGCCGAUGUUCUUCACCAAUGCGAUAUUAUGGAGGAUGUUGCCAUUGCGUAUGGUUUCAAUAAUCUUCCCCGAACCUCACCCAAUAAAUCUUCCACAAUUGCACAACCUCUCAUGGUCAACAAGCUCGGAGACAUUGUUCGUAUGGAAGCUGCCAUGGCUGGCUGGAGUGAAGUUAUGCCUCUUAUUCUUUGCUCGCAUGACGAGAACUUCGCAUGGUUGAAUCGAAAAGAUGAUGGUUCCACCGCAGUGCGUCUUGCCAACCCCAAAACAGCCGAGUACCAAAUCGUCCGCACUUCCCUCCUUCCAGGUCUCCUCAAGACAAUCCGUGAGAACAAGAAACACUCUGUCCCUAUCAAGGUUUUCGAAGUCUCAGAUGUCGCAUUCAAAGAUGUCUCCCUAGAGCGAAAGUCCCGCAACGAGCGUCACUUUGCAGCAGCUUGGUACGGUAAAACCUCUGGUUUCGAGGUUGUCCAUGGUCUUCUUGAUCGUGUUUUGCUUAUGCUCAAGACUGCCUUUCUCACACACGAAGAAGGUCUUGAGGAUAAGAAGGGAUUAGAUUACGAAGUCCGACAAGAUCAUCAAAAGGUGGAUGGAUAUUGGAUCGAGGAGAUAGACGAGGAAACCUUCUUCCAGGGUCACGCAGCCGCUAUUUAUUUGAGAGUUGGUGGUAAGCAGGUUCGUAUUGGAGAGUUUGGUAUUUUGCAUCCAACAGUUUUGGAGAAGUUUGAAUUGAGGUACGUACCAUAUUCCACCAGUCAGUCUCUUUCGUUCUUACAGCUAACACGAGCCACCUAGGUACCCUGUAAGCACGCUGGAGAUCAACCUUGAGGUCUUUUUAUAAGCGUAGAAAAACAAAUGGAUUGAGAACAAAAAAAAUAGAUGCUUGUCUUGUGAGCGAGCAAAAGCAUAGAGAUCUGAAUGUAUCAUGCAUCACGAGUUAAGACCAAAAAAAUGAAAUGAAUGAAUAUGAUUGUACGCACAUAACCUUGUCUUUAUUUGUCUGUCGUUUGUUUCUUUCUUAGAAGUAUAUAGGACCGAAUCCAUAUCCUGAACAGCGAAUCUAGUCUUCAGAGAAGAAUCUCAU